CUGACUUAACGCCCAACGGACAUAAAGCCCAAAAUUGAUUUUGGGCGUUAUGUCUGCCCAAACCCCGGACAUAACCCCCAAAAUCAAAUUGGGCGUUGUGUCCCCCCAUGCUGCGGACAUAAUGCCCAAAAAUAAUAGGACAUAACGCCAAACUUUUUUGGGCGUUAUGUCCGCAUACGAAAUGGACAUAACGCCCAAAAAAUAUUUUGGGUUUUUUUUUCAAAAUUUAAUGAUUUAAAUGUAAUAUUUUGGGAACUAGGUAUGUUGUAAUGCAGAACUGGUUUCAAAAUAACGGUAUAUUAGCUAUUAAGAAUAAGUUGUAAAAGAUCAGUGGUUGAUGCGUAAAAUAGCAAUCAUCAUUCAGUUGUUUCCAAACUAGUGAUAAGAAUGGGUGAAAUUGUUGAAUUCGAGUUUGUUGUAGGCGCUCGCCGCAAUUGUGAGUUAGUGUAUACGCCGACGAAAAAACAAUUGUACAAAUUUAAAACUCAAUACACAAAUAAAAAAGGAGAGUGCAUAAGGCGAUACAUUUGUUAUCAAAAUAAUUGCAAAGCAUUUCUUCAAGUUAUUAACAGAGAAGUAGCAAUUUCACCAAAAGAAAAUAAUGGACACUCUGACCAUGGCGACCAGGAAAGCCUAAUGAAACAAUUUAAAUUAAAAGCUGCAAUAAAAGAAGGUGUUUCCAAACCGAGCUUGGUAGCAAACAAAGUUCGAGUUGUUUUUAACGCUGAAUGCAGAAAUGCUAAGGAUAGUGCUGAUCAAAUUGUCUUUAACAAAAUGCAGAGGCACUUGAGGCGGAUAAAGAGCCAAGCUAUGCCGAAAUCUCCACAAACUCCUCAGGAAUUUAUAAACCUAUUUGCCAAAAGCGAACACAUGAAGCAAUACGGCAUGUGUGAGAGCGCGCCGGACGAACCAUUUUAUCAAACAACUAUCCUGGAAACAGACUUUAGCUACACCCUAUUCUGCUCCUUACCAAUGACCAAAUUAAUUUCUACUAUGGAUGAUGACUCUCGUCACUAUCUUGUCGAUGCGACAUUUGCAGUUGUGCCAUCAAGCGGUUACAAACAAUUACUUCUUAUAUACAUCGGGUAUGAGCGCCACGUAUUCCCUUUUGCAUACAUACUUAUGUCGAAGAAAACCCAGAAAUCCUACGAACACGUUCUGCGGUUCAUAGACGCAAAUGUGUUUCGCCUUAAACCAGCCUCUUUUACCACAGACUUUGAGAAGGCCCUACGAAGUGGAAUAUUAAAGGUAUAUCCUGAGGUGCAGCUAAAGGGAUGCUGGUUCCAUUACUGCCAAGCAUUAAGAAGAAAAUUAACCAACAUCUCAGAAUUGGCUAAAUUUGUAAAAACCACUGAUGCGGCAAGGCGAAUUUUUAAAAAGAUGCUUGUUUUACCACUGCUUCCUCCAGACGAUAUACCAACCGCAUUCAAUUUGUGCAAACAAGAAGCGUACGCAUCCAUGAACUGUUAUUACAAAUCAGAGAAUGUAUUUGAGAAAUUCUUCGACUAUUUUCAAAGACAAUGGAUAGAUUUAGAAAGUCCACUCAAAUUUUCUGUCCAUGGUGAAUGCGUACGAACUACGAGCGCUGUGGAAUCAUAUAACAGCUUUUUGUGUGCACAAAUUCCAAUGCAUGGCUCAUUCUGGGACUUUUUACAAAUAAUUAGACAGCAAGAGUUUCAGAAAUAUGUUGAUCUGAAACAGAUUUUAGAUGGCGUUUCGGAAAUUUCACAACCACCAAAAAAACGAAAUAGAGACCGCAAUGAGCAAGUGAAAAUUCUCACAGAGCAACUGGCAAAUAAACAGAUUACUCCCAAAAUGUUCCUCCAGAUGAUGACCAAUAAAAUAAAUAAUCUCGCCCCAGUAGUUUUGGACCGAACACCUAUUGAUGAAAGCGAAACUGAGGAUGAAAGUCAACCUAUCAUUCAGGAUGGGUUGUUAUGUGAAAUAUGUUUUAAAAACAAAAAAUGUAUGCUUCUGCUUCCAUGCAGGCAUGCAAAACUUUGUAAACCUUGUUUUGAAGGAAUACAAGAUAAACAUAAUAAUCAAGGUACUUUAAUAUUAUGUCCAUUCUGUAGACAAAUUGUGGGUCAAACACAAGAAAUUUAUAUUUGAUUUGAAUAAACUUCUAAUUUCUACAAUUGAACUGCAAAAAUGUUACUUUAAAUAAAAACGGACAUAACGCCCAGUGGGCAUUAUGUCCGCGGCAUUGGGGGACAUAAUGCCCAAUUUCAUUUUGGGGUUUAUGUCCGGGGUUUGGGCGGACAUAACGCCCAAAAUCAAUUUUUGGCUUUAUGUCCGUUGGGCGUUAAGUCAG